AUGACAAUCACAUUCGUGCCUGGUGAGGUCAACAAAGGACCGUAUUCAGUUCAACAAGUGGUAUGGAAAACACAUCAUAUAAUUGUGUAUGGAUCAGGUAAUAAUCUUAUAAUCUGUAGUGGGAAUUUAAUUAAUCCUAGUGCAGAGAAAGUGACUCCUAAUAACUUAAGUAAGAACUUACAAACGAUAUAUCUCGAAGCAGAUCCAGUUGCAAUUGAUAUCAAUCCUGAUAAUGGGUUGAUUGUCAUUUCCAUAAAUUCCAAAAUCAUCGUCUAUAAGCCAGUUAAUGAAUUCAUGGUAAAGCCAAAAUGGACAGAAGCAUUACAGUUUGAAAUUGAAGAUAAGUAUCGAAUUAAUUGUUUGAGAUGGGCUGCAGAUGAACAAGAAGUUAUAGUAGGGACAUCCAAUUCUUUAAUCCUUUAUCAUAUCUAUGAUGAAUACGGCACCAUAAAGUAUAACAAUAGAUGGUAUUCUCAACAAAGUAAUAGUAUCACUGAUGUUAAGAUUACCAGAUCUGGUAAUAAAAUAAUGACUGUCAGUGGUCCAUAUGAUCGAUUAUUAAAAGUAUGGUCACGAAUGAACUAUGGUGAUGAUAAUACCUUGUUUGAAUUGAGUUAUUUAAGUCAUCCUAAAGAUUCAUAUAUCUUAGAUUUCCAUUGGAGAAUAAGUUGUAAUGAUAGUAAUGAAAGUGAUGGGAAUAAUGGUUCCAAUGAUAAAAAGAAAGUAAUUGAUAGUUCAAUGGCAGGAAUUAAAAAUAUAAGAGGUUAUAUCCAUGAUAAUGAUGAAGAUGAAGGUGAAGUAAUAUAUACUAUUACAAAUGAUUUUAAACUUAAUGUAUGGGCAUCUCAUGAAUUUAGUGGUCAUAGUCAUAUAAUGAAUUGGUCGACUUUAGACUUAAGUAAAAUAUUCAAGCAGGAUGAUUCAAUUGCUUGCACAAUCAUUAUAGAAAAUCAUUAUCUUCAAAAGUCAUUGCUUCCCUUUUUAAGCUCAUCUAGCUUAUCUGCAUUAUCAAAUUUAGAGCAUUUUGAUUUAUUAUUAGUUGUUUCCAAAUCUGGAAAUGUGAUAAUAUAUACCAUUGAGAAUAUCACCUCAAGUCCACUUAAUAAUGUUAAAUUCACUCAAUUAAAUCCUCAUAUAAUUUACAAGUUCGAUUCUAAUACAUUCCCUAUAAGUCUGUUUGAUAUGGGUAAUGAUGAAUGUAUCAAUAGUAGUAAUCACAAAGCAGAUCAUGAUACUAGCAAAUUAUCAAUCGAAUACAUAACUUCUGAAGAAUUUGUCAUAAAUCAUAUAAAGCCAAUAUUGAUUCCUGACGUUUCAUAUUUAAUUGGUUCUUCAGAUCAACCAUCUCCCAUUUCCUUAUUGAUACAUGAUAGAAUAAAAAACACAAUUAGAUUUAAUGGACUCUUAUUUUCCAAUAUUAUAAAUCCUACUGAAGAAAAAGUUCAAUCUUUAGGAGCAGUAUUGAUAAACAAAUUACAAGGACAUACAAAGUCAAUUCGAAAAUUAAUUAAAUCAAAUUCAUCUUUUUCAGAUAAGAAUAUCCUUUUAUCGAUUCUGAAUUUUCCAGAGCAUAAUUAUAUUUGGGAACCAUUACUCUUGAAUAUUUCAAGUACAAAAAAUAUGACAUUAACUAAGAGAUUUCAACUAAAUGUGAAGUCCGAAUCAGAUGAUAUAGGUAGUAAUUCGCAGGGUAUUUGGACAGCAGUUAUAAUCAAUGAUAUUGAGCCUCCUAAAUUAUCCAAAAGAAGACAUUUGGUUGUAUCAAUUGACAAGAAUAGUGUUUUGAGUUUCUGGGAUUGUGAUGGAUCAAUCAACGAUGAUCAACCAGCUGAAUUAAUCAAUACUCUUGAAAUCAUGGAUAACUCAAAUAAAAAAAUCAUAACUGAACCUCAAGCAUUUGUCUUAACUACUUUACCAGUUGUGGAUGAAAAUACAAAGGAAUAUUGUAUAGUAGCAAUCUUCUCCAAGGAGUUAGUUCGAGCUUGGAAGAUUUCAAUCCAUUAUAAUGAAGAUAAGACAAUUGAAUCAUUCGACUUCAGUAGUUUGAAGAUUGAUGGUUUACCGCAUCCAGAAAAUGUUUAUCAAUUAGUUACUAUUGAUAACUUCAUUAAUGCUAUAGAGAGAAGUCUAAUCGCUGUUAUUGAUGAAGAGGGGUUAUUAAGAAGUUUUGCCUUGAAUCUUUCUGCUGCAAGUACAGGAUCUAUAUCAUGGAAAGAAACUCAUACUGUUCAUACUGGUGUUAAAAGGGCCAGUAAAAUCCAUGGAGCAACCUUUAUUAAUAAGUUAGCGGUCAUUGAUGAAACGGGAUACAAUCUUUCUAUCUGGAAUUUGAGAGCUUGUGUUUUAGAAUACGAAGAAACCUUUCCUGAAGACUAUGGAAAAGUUAAAGAUAUUGAUUGGACUUUUAUUAAUGCUUCUAAGGAAAAACUGACUUCUAAUGCAAUCUUAUCCAUUGGAUUUGGUAGAUUCGUGUUGCUUUAUACCCAAUUACGUUAUGAUUAUACUAAUAAUAUCCCUACCUUUGCUAUGUUGAAGAAGAUUGAUAUUUCCGAUUAUACCUCUCACGAGAUUGGAGAUCUGAUUUGGUUGAAUGAUGGAUAUUUAAUCAUUGGUAGUGGAAACCAAUUUUUCAUAGAUGAUAAGUGGAUUCAAUUAGGUUCAGGAAGUCUUGAUACCACCAUUAGACAAUUAAUGAUCGGAUACACUAAAACUAGAAACAAUUCAGAUCCAGAUCAUCAUGAUGAUAUUGAUGACGGUGGUGGAUACAAGAGAAUUGAUAAAUCAUCUGAUGAGUUAGUUUAUGAUAUUUCUCAUUUGGUGAGGAUUUUGAAUGGUCCAUUACCGAUCUAUCAUCCACAAUUCUUAGCACAAGCUUUGUUCAUGAGUCAAACUAAAUUGGUGCAAGAUAUAUUGGUUAAAUUGUUUCUGGAUUUAAGACAAGGUGACCCAAUUGCAUGGGAUUUGAAUAUGGAAAUAUCUAAAGAAAUCAUGAGUAUUAUCAUGGGAUCUCAUUCUGGAGCAGGUGAACAAACUCCAAAGACGGAAUUUCUUCAAGCAGGUAGAAGAUUCAGUAUCAAUCUCGAUAUAUUUAAAAACUUUGAUUCUAAUUUAGCCGAUAUGUUAAUCGAGAAAUUAAUGAAAAUUUCGUUACCAUUAUUAACUAGACAUCAACAAAGUACGUUGAUUUCGAUUAUAUUGAUCGUGAAAGAUUUGAAACAGUUCACCCUUUCAUUGGAUGAUAAUGGGAUUAGAUUCUUCAUUGGUUUCAAGUUAUUCCAAUUAUCUACCAAACAAUCGAAGCUUUCUAUGAGAGAUAUCAACUGGGCCUUGCAUAGUGAAAAUAAAGAGAUGUUAUUGAAUUUGGUAGAAGAUUACUUUAAGAGUCGAUUAAAGUGGGAAAAUAUAAAGCAAACAGGGUUAGUCUAUUGGGUUCAUACUGAAGGAAUCAUCAAGCUUAUUGAAUCCGCAGCUAGGAAUGAAUUCAGUGAUUCAAGAGAUCCAUCCGGUAGAGUUUCAUUGUUUUACUUAGCUCUUAGAAAGAAACAAAUCUUAUUAGGUUUAUGGAGAAAUGUAACGCAUAGUGAAAAGCAGAAAAUGUUAGCUUUCUUAAGUAAUGAUUUCACUCAGAAACGAUGGAAAUCAGCUGCAUUAAAGAACGCGUUUGUCUUAUUAGGGAAACAUAGAUAUCUUGAUUCCGCUUAUUUCUUCCUUUUGGGUGAUUCAGUCAAAGAUUGUUGUUCUAUUUUGGCUAAUAAACUUGAGGAUAUCCCAUUAGCAAUUGCUAUUGCUAAAGUGUAUAAUGCCACUGAUCCUAGUCUUAUCUCUUCGAAGCUGGCAUUAAGUGAUAGUUUAAGGUUAAUCAUUGAGAAUUUUAUAUUACCAGAAUCUAUUCAAAAUGGUAAUAGAUGGACUACUAGUUGGAUCUUCUGGCAAAUGAAUCUCAAGGAGCUUUCAAUCCAAGCAUUGGUCAAGUCUCCUCUUGAAAUGAUUGAAAGUCAUGGAGAUAAAUUUUCAGAAUUUUGUAAUACCAAUUUUAUUCAAAAGAUUUCUACAUCAACUUUGGGACAAAGUUUCUUAAGAGAUGAUCCUGUUUUGAUUUUAUUAUUCAAUGAUUUAAGACAGAAGAAACUGAAUUAUUUAAAGGGAUCAAUGGGUAUUACGCCUAUUCAAGAAUUCGAAUUUAUUAAAAAGGUGUGCGGUAUUUAUACUAGAAUGGGUUGUGAUUACUUAGCGUUGUUAUUGGUGAGAAAUUGGAACUUUGUCCAUACUAAGGAAGUAAGAAAGAUAACUAACAAUGAAGCUGUGAAUGGUAAUGGUGCUGCUGUUACUAUUAAUGGAAUUCAAAGUGAUACAAAUGGUUCAAGUCAAGUACCUAAUAUGUUAGAAUCGUUUAAUAUUGGUAGCCCUACUACUGAGGCUAAGUUUCUUAAUAGAGCUCCACCACCACAAAGUGUAUUUGAAGAGCCAGAUAUGGGAUCAUUUAAUUUUGGGUUUUAA